AUGAGCAUGGCGUCGCAAUCGAAGGACGUGCUGCUCGUCGGGUUUGGCGCAGUGGGCGCCAUAUACUCUCUCAUUCUCAAGAGAAGCGGCCAGGCCUGCGUGACGGCCGUAGCGAGGAGCAACUACGACGCCGUCAAAUCCAAUGGUCUGCACAUAAAGAGCAAGAAGUAUGGCGAACACAAGGGUUGGAGACCUGACAGAUUGUUCCCCUCGGUCGACCGGGCCCUCGACCGGCCGUAUUCAUAUGUGAUCGUCACGGCUAAGGCUAUUCCCGAGCUUGUGCGGACACCGACACUUCUCGCACCGCUUCUGUCCUCUCCAUACGCCGACCAGCAUCCGCAGCCGACCUACGUGUUGAUGCAGAAUGGUCUGAAUGUAGAGGUCGAUUUGUACGAUGCACUCAAGAAGCUCAACCUUGGGCAGGAGCCAAGGAUUAUAAGUACAGCUGUCUGGAUUGGCACUGGGAUGGUGAACAGCACGACAGUAGAACAUAACGAUUUCGACCGCGUGUCGAUGGGGGUAUACCGCCCUUCGUCUACUGUUACGAGCAACACUGCUGAGGAACAAGCUCUGCUGGAAGACUUUGACCGCAUACUCGCCGCGGGCGGCAGCCAGACGACGAUUGUGCCCGAGAUUCAACGCGUCAAGUACACGAAGAACUUCUGGAACGCGUGCCUCGGCAUCACCGCCGCACUCUCGCGCUAUCCGCUCACUGCCAUAUUCCGCCCGCCACACAUGGAGCCAGGUGCCUCACAGACCGCUGCCGCCCCCGCUGCGCCGCCCCCAGCGCACCCGCCAUCAGCCGUGGCGACCGCAUCCAUCCCUUGCGCGUCCCCAGCCAUUGGCGCGUACACAAUCCCGCUUCUGCACGAUGCAAUGUCCGAAAUCUACACGCUCGGCAUGGCACUUUUCCCGCCGUCCGACAAGGGUCCAGGGCUUGACCCGGACAUCGUGGUGAAGACACUUACCAACACUGCGAGCCUACACGCGCGUCCCGACGCUAAUCACCGUGCGAGCACGCUCGUGGACGUGGAAAACGGGCGCCCGACGGAGGUGGAGGUCAUUGUCGGGGAGCUUGUACGCAUGGGUAGGGCGAAAGGCGUCUCGAUGCCGCGCGUUGAGACGCUAUAUGCGUUGAUGCUAAUCAUUCAGAAUCAAUUGUUGAAGGAGAAUGAGAAGAAGGCGUCGUAA